CAGAAACAAAAGCCCACAUUCGUAUAACAGAUACCCGAAAUAGAUGCUGAGAUCGGCUUAGUCAGCAGUUAUUGGCGAGGCACUCUUCAGCGGAACGUUCACAUUCGCAUUUCCAUUCUACUCCUCUUCCUUUGCCAUCACCCUUGAAAUUUCCACCAUGAUCACAAAUGUUACGGAAACGCAGACUGCAGUAACGAAGAAAGUGAGGAAACUUAAGCCAGCAAGGAAGCAGGUCAAACCUGGAGACGUCGAGAAGAAGGAAGCACCGCAAACAGGGAAGGAAUACAAUAUAUGGUAUAACAAGUGGGCUGGAGGUGAUCGCGAAGAUAGUUACUCCAACAAAACAAAGUCACAAACGCGCUGUAACAUUAAACGAGAUGCAGGGCUCACUCGCGCCAACACAACAGGAGUGAAAUACUGUUGUCUCUUCUUCGCCCGAGGAUGCUGUCCGUACGGCUGGGAAUGCGAAUACCUUCAUAUGCUCCCCGAUGCGUCUACCGUACUUCCUGAUACCUCCAAGGAUUGUUUCGCAAGAGACAAAUUCGCGGAUUACAGAGACGAUAUGGGAGGCGUAGGUAGUUUUGCAAGACAGAAUAGAACGUUAUACAUUGGGAGGAUCAAAGAGACUGGUACGGGUGCGGAGACCGAGGAGGUUGUGAAGAGACAUUUCAAGGAGUGGGGGGAGAUUGAAAAGAUCCGCGUAUUGCAAUACCGUAGUGUUGCCUUCGUCACUUAUGUCUCGGAACAGAACGCCCAAUUCGCAAAAGAAUCUAUGGCGUGUCAAUCACUCGACAACGACGAGAUUCUGAACGUCCGUUGGGCCACUGAAGACCCCAACCCCGAAUCGAAAGUCGCUGAGAAGAGGAGGCUGGAGGAUAUGGGAAGGGAAGCUAUCCAGUCAAAGAUGGACCCCAGGAUAGUGGAAGCUAUGCGAGCGGUCAGGGCUUUGGAGGAGGGUGUAGAGUUCCAAGACCCGGAACUCGAAAUCGAGGAGUUGGAAGAUGAGGAGGAUGCGAGGGGUGCGAAGAGGCCAAGGCUAGAGCUGGAAGCAGAGCCAGAGCCUCAGCCUGAAGAACAGAAGCCGACUGGUUUGCUUAGUGCGGAUACGCUGGAGAGCUUGAGGUACUUCACAGAGAUUCGAAAACGUGCUGCUGCGAACGGUGGUAUUGCAGUGUCGUCAGCACCUGCGCCGAAGCCACCACCGACGGGACUUGGGCUUGCGGUUUAUGGUAGUGAUGAGGAGUAGAUUUUCUUGUAUUCGUGCUCAGAGUAUUGCUUAUGUAUUCUUAUUUUCAAUCAUACUGAUACAUGCGUGCAUAGUAGAGAUACGACGAAAGAGGUGAUACAAGACUCGAUGGUGCUUGGAAGCAUGAGUGUACAUGGUAAAAAGUGUUAGCAAGUUCAGUCGCCCCCACUACUGCUCCCACCAUUGAC